UGACCGGCCUACAAUGGAUUGCCAGUGAAGCCUGGAGUACAGCUAAAGUGCUCCAUACUCCCACCUACAUGCAUUUUCUUGCAGGCACUCUGGGUAUUGCCAUUCGCCGGGGGGAAUUACCAGGUCUCAGGGACUUCCUACUGACCAUACGCCCCGACAAUGACACACUCGGCACCCAGGACAACACCUUAGUGCGGAUUUCUCCUAAUAGACUCAGAUUUUGAUAUGCCUUGUAGAAACAAUCAAUGUAAAUGUGAUCUCAAGGCAGCUCAUGUUUGCUCAUUAGUCCCCCUUAUUUAUGACUUCCUAUUCAUUAGGUGAAGCAGUUUUGGGAGCACAUAUUUCGGUGUAAAUUUGUAUCUGGUUGGAUGGAGAUGGAAGGUCAGACUCAAGAACGUCUAUGUACAGGGAAUGAGGUUCUAAGGAAUAAAGAGACUGAAUUCUUGGACCUGUCUAACCUCAGGCCUGAGUAUAAUGUGUACAAAGCUGUAUAUGCCCUGGCACAUGCCCUACAUGAACAUCUGCAGUGUGUUCCAGGGAGUGGGCCUUUCAAAGGGCAAAGCUGUGCCCGUUUGCAGGGACUAGAGCCAUGGCAGGUCUGUUUUCUAUUGAAUUCCAUUAUAUUAUUUAUUUUCCUGUGAUUUAUUAAAAUUUAGUUUUCUGAGCUCAAUAGUGCAAUCCUGAUGUUUUCACUCUUUAUACUUCUUUCAUGCCUUUUAGCUUGUUUAUUAUUUGCAAAGAGUCAAUUUCACUACAGAUUUUGGCGAUCAAGUGUCAUUUGAUGAGAACGGAGAUGUUUUACCAAUCUAUGAUGUGAUGAACUGGAGGUGGCUCCCAGAUGGAAGCACUGAGGUUACAAAUGUGGGAGACGUUAAAGAAAUGGCUGCAAAAGUCAUUGAUCUUAACCUUGAUGAAGACAAAAUCUUUUGGAAUUUUGAAUCAAAAAAGGUCUGCUUUCAAACUAUUAAUUGCCAUUGAUAUGUUUCAUACAUCAUAAUAGGAAUUAGGUUUUAAUGUAAUCAACUUGUACCCCUUUAGCCUCCCAGGUCAGUGUGUAGUGAGAGCUGUCCCCCAGGCACUCGCAUGGCCAUAAAGAAAGGUGAACCUGUGUGCUGCUUUGACUGCAUCCCCUGUUCAGAUGGAAAAAUAAGCAACGGGACAGGUUUGUUUGCAAUGCAUAUAUUUAUAAGCUGUACAUCUUCUUGAAAAAGCCCUGACAAAAAGUAUGAAUGACUUCUGAUUGUUUGUUAGAUUCAACCGAAUGUACAAGCUGUCCAGAUGAUUUUUGGUCCAACAUCCAGCGGGAUCAAUGUGUCCCCAAAAGCAAGGAAUUUCUUUCCUAUGUUGAACCCCUGGGAAUCUCCUUCACAACAGCAUCAUUAUUUGGAGCACUCUUAUGCACCAUUGUUUUGGGAAUCUUUACCCAUCAUCGGACCACGCCAGUGGUUAGGGCCAACAACUCAGAGCUUAGCUUCCUCAUUCUGCUGUCACUCAAACUAUGCUUUUUAUGCUCCUUGUUUUUCAUUGGUAAACCAAGGUUGUGGACUUGCCAGUUGAGGCAUGCAGCAUUUGGGAUCAGCUUUGUUCUGUGUGUUUCGUGUAUCCUGGUGAAGACCAUGGUAGUUCUGGCAGUGUUCAAGGCCUCCAAACCAGGUGGUGACCGUGGUCUGAAGUGGUUUGGAGUAAUGCAACAGAGAGGGACUGUUGUAUUUCUGACUUUAAUACAAGCAGCAGUUUGUAUAACAUGGCUGGUGUCUUCCUCACCAGCUCCUAAUGAAAACACAAAGUACUACAGCGACAGGAUAGUAGUUGAGUGUCUAGUGGGGUCCACAGUAGGAUUUGGAGUAUUACUGGGCUAUAUUGGCUUGCUGGCUAUUCUCAGUUUCCUGCUUGCAUUCUUGGCACGAAAUCUACCAGAUAACUUCAAUGAGGCCAAGUUUAUCACCUUCAGCACGCUGGUCUUCUGUGCUGUUUGGAUAGCCUUUAUCCCAGCUUAUAUUAACUCCCCUGGUAAAUAUGCCGAUGCUGUAGAGGUAUUUGCCAUUCUAGCUUCUAGUUUUGUGCUGUUACUGGCCCUAUUUGGACCAAAGUGUUACAUUAUUCUCCUUAAGCCUGAGAAAAACACAAAAAAAGCUUUAAUGGGACGAGGCUCACCAAGAUCAUAGAAACAGUGCAUUGAUUUGUCAUGGUUGUUUUUAAUAAAUUCAUUGAGUCAGUGAGAUAUAUAGAAUUAAGACAACAUUGCCUGCAUUUUAUAAUAACUUAAUAACCUCAAUCAAAUUGUAGCAAUUUUAAAUGUUAAUCAGAUAGUUUGUCCAACAUAUAUGUUAUCGUGAAUAAAUAAAUACACAUUUAUUUGGUUUUAAUGGCUCUUUUCUCACAGGACAAUGCAAUAAUACUUGAUGUUUAAUUACCGAUAGGUUAGAUAGAAUAUCUCAAUAAUGUUCUGCAAUCUCACCUUAUUCUCCUUGGCCUACAUGCAUGAAGCAGAAAGAAGUGAGGGAAAUUAAAUGGAGCUAGAGCCGGACAUUCUCAAGUCUGAAGUUCGUGCAGCUGUGAAAAGCUUGAAGACUGGGAAGGCGGUUGGGUGCGACAACAUACAGGCAGAAUUGAUAAAGGCAUCAGGAGAGGUUGGAAUUGACAAACUACACAGGAUUUGUAGAACCAUCUGGAAGUCUAGAAAGUGGCCGGGUGACUGGGUGAAAUCUGUGAUAGUUACGUUGUAUAAGAAGGGUGACAUGGGUGAAUGCUCAAACUACAGAACGUUAAGCAUGAUCUCGCACUGUUCGAAGAUCAUUCUUUGGAUCAUUGCAAAAAGGAUGUCUGGAAAGAUCGAGGAGGAGCUUAGAGACACUGAGUGCAGCUUUAGGGCUGGUCUGGGGACUAGAAAUCAGAUCUUCAACCUUGGCCAAAUUGGUGAGAAAUAUCUUGAGACAGGUAAAAGUGUUCAUAUGUGUU